UCUAAUUAAAUUUUAUCAUCACGGUGGUGUUUGUUGUGCUUGUCGGUCGAGUGAAUCUGUGAAAAGUUUUGCCAAAAAGCUGAAAAUUUGCAGACCUAACCAAAAGUGGUGGUUUAUUUGAUUUGUCGCUGUGUCUAUUCAAACUCCUCGUAGGUGAUGGACAAUUAUGGCACAAUGAACAAUUCGUACGGAAACAUUGUGUACAGUGGUCAGAUUAGUGAAAUUACACAACUGCAAAACCAACCAGUGCAGUAUCAAUAUCAGCAACAAGAGCAGCAUCAGUACUUCGACGGAUUAAAGGAAAAUCAGUACCAGGGGCGGGAAUCUAUUAUCGCCAAUAACAUCACGGCUCCAGCUCCUGGUCUUAACGUGGCAGAAGUUGCUUAUCAAACUCCAGAACAAGGGUACCCUGUUGUAAUGGAGCAACCGGAACCUGUGGCAAAUAAUGGUGGUCAAGUGGAGGAGACACUUGAAGAAAACCAUCAACCUGAACAACCGGAUGCACCGGCUGAACAGGAACAAGUAGCCGAAGCAAACGGGCAACAAGAAGAGCAUCUAGAAGAAGAGCAUUUAGAGGAAGAAAAGGAAGCACCUGAAGCAGUGAAAGCUGAGGUUGAAAAUGCAGAGGGAGAAACUAAAGAAGAUGAUACUACGGACAAACCUUCCGAAGAAGGUACGAAAGAAGAGACUAAAGAGGAGGCAACUGAGGAAGUGAAGGAUGAAACCGGUAAAGCUAAAGUUGUUCGUCGUAAGGAUGGCGCUCCAGCAGAUUUGGAUAUAUGCCGAGUUUGUCAGUCAAAAGAGGAACUGGGUGAUAUAUUCGAGUUCGAAUCCGCCGUUAGAAUUUGUGAUUUGAUUAUGAAAAUAUGCACUAACGUUCGUAUAGCUGAACGUGAUCAUCUGCCGCACAAGAUCUGUAAAAGCUGCGUUGAAAAAGUCAGAAUAGCGUACGAUUUCAAGACAAUCUGUGAAAAAACAGACAAGGAAUUACGCCAAACGUUGAAGCGAAGCUACAAGUCCAGAAGGACCACUGAUUUCGUUAUUGUCAACUGCCCCAUGUCGGAUGAGGAAGAUAAUGACGAAGAACCGCAAGACGAUGAUGAAUAUAAAGUUUCCCAAUCCGAAGUUGAAUCUGAACCUGUUACAUCGGACGAUAGCUUUGCGCCUUCGCCCAAGAAAAAAAGAACCCCGAAGCGACGAGGACGCAGACCGAGAAGCGAACCUGUUGUCGUCGAACCACCGGUUAAACGACGAAGAGGACGGCAACCUGGAUUUAGCCCUAAAGCUGCAGCAGCUGCAAAAGCAGCGUCAGCAAAGUCUGCAUCCAAAGUUUCUAUCGUUGAGGAUACCCCGCGUCGUCGUGGUCGUCCACCGAAGAACAGCAGAUCCCCUGGACUGGCCAAUGUUGUCUACAUUGAGGCACCUGAUCCUAGCUCCUCGGAUAGUGAGGAUGACAAACCAAUCAAGCCCCGAAAAACGCAUGACUGCAACAAAUGUGAUGAAACCUUCAAAACCGGCGUUGAGCUUAAAGAGCAUCUUCAAACACACAAGGGUGACCUGUUCCCCUGCACAAAGUGUGAAAAAACAUUUAAAUCGAAGGUCUACCUCUCGAACCACCUGGAACGGCACACACAGGAUGAGAAGAAGCGCGAAGAAAAGCUAAAGGCAAAGGAGAUGAAAAAGCAACAACAACGACUCAAGGAGAUCCAGAAGCGCAAGGAACACGAAGAGCGGCUGAAGCGACAGAAGGCCCAGGCUGGCAGUGCUGAGAAGAAAAAAAAGGUCGAAGCAUCACCGGUCGGUACCGGAAGGGAUCUGUUCAAGUGCGUGGCUCCACUAACAUCCACCUACUGGAGCGACAGCUUCUCGGAUUAAGGCAAUGGUCGGACUACGGAUGUAUGGCUAUCGUGAGCGUUAGGCUAUUGGAAGCGUGUGAACAUCCCGAAGAAUGAAUCAAAAAGUUCGAACCACGGUGCCAUUGCGAUCGUCUGCGAGUGAUUAAAGUUUCGAUUUCCGGUUCCAUUUAUUUUUGAAUACAUGUUCGACGCAAACAUUUCGCGUGUGGAAAGACCUACCGUCUUUCGAUUCGUUUGCGUGAACUGCUUUGAACGUGACACUUCUAAUGGUGUGUAAAUAUCAUACUGAAUUAUUUUAAACCUCCAGAGUAAAAAGAAACACUACUAAUAAACACAUAUGUCUUAGAGAGCGAGAGCGAGAGGUACUGUUAGUGGUACUUUGAGCUUACAAAACAGUUAGAAUAAGGUAGAUUGAAUGUAAGGUCAUCAUUUAUUUGCUGCUAUAACUGAUAUUGAGAGAAAACUGUCGUCACAUUUUUAGUUAGGUUAACAGGUUGCACAGACAUAUUUUCCCACACGCUUUAGAACAAUCAAAAAUCUAUCGAACACAUCAUGCUACGAAAUUUAUAUCUACGAUACAGCAAGUACUACAGCUGUAAAAGAAAACAAAAUCAGAGCUGAUUAGUUAUUUUAGUGCAAUGUUCACCAGAGGAGCAGAAACAAAAUCAUUUAUU